CUUUUCUUGGAAAUAAAAUUUAAAGCAUUUCACUUUCAAAGAUUACACAAACAUGUAUGCACAGAGCGCAAAGAACAACAUCACUCACACACCGCCUUCUUCUCUUUCAAUAAUGCCGUUGUCUGUGCUUCUUCUUUUAACUCUCUUUUGACGCUACACAAACCCAUCAAUUCCUAAAACCCCCCUCUCUGUUUCUCUCUACUUUCUUUCCUACUGAUAUUUUUUUUCUUCAAGGAACUAUUAAAUUUCUUUCUAUUAUUUCCCGUUCAAUUCCACUGAUUCCCUUUCCUUUUGCUUCUCAGUUCUCAAGAUUUCUUCAAGGCCUCUCUCUCGUUUUUUUCUUUCACCAAAAAGUUUGUGUCUUUCACUUGUUUCUGUUUGUUCUGUAACUUCAGAAGAGAAAAGGUCGAAAGUUUGGACCUUUUUGAUUUUCUUCUUUCAGGUGGAUUAACAAUGCUGGGCUGUAUAAAGAUAGGAACGUUGUCUGGGUUGGUGCUGGUGGCUUUCACUGCAUCAUUUUGUGUUGCUAUCACCGAUCCUCGUGAUGUCGUGGCAAUGAAUUCCUUGUGGGUUUCACUGAACUUCCCGCCCUUGCUUGGAUGGUUACCUGGAGGAGACCCCUGUGGAGAGGAAUGGCAAGGUGUCAGCUGUGUCUUCUCCAACAUUACUGCAUUGAAGUUAAGUGGCAUGAAUUUAGGCGGAACCUUGGCGGAUGACCUGGCACUAUUUGAAUCUAUCAUAGAAAUAGAUCUGAGCAACAAUCAUAUUGGAGGGAGCAUUCCAUCUAGCUUACCCCCAACCUUGAGGAUCUUUUCUCUUGCUGGUAAUCAGUUCAAUGGAAGCAUUCCAGAUACGUUAUCCACAUUAACUCAAUUGUCACACUUGUCAAUAAAUGAUAAUCAUCUAAGUGGAGAAAUGCCAGAUGCCUUUCAACAGUUGACAAGUUUGACAAAUUUGGACCUGUCAGGUAAUAAUUUGAGCGGUCAGCUUCCUCCAUCAUUAGGAAAUUUGUCAUCUCUUAGCUCAUUGCAUUUGCAGAGUAAUAAAUUUGUAGGAGUCCUGGAUGUUUUACAAGAUCUUCCGCUUCAGGAUCUGAAUGUAGAGAACAAUUUAUUUUCCGGGCCUAUACCUGCAAAGUUGUUGAAUAUUCCGAAUUUUAGAAAAGAUGGCAACCCAUUCAAUACAACCAUUAUUGCUUCUCCUCCACUGGCACUUUCACCAUCUCCUGCCAUGCCACCGUCUUCUGCUGAAGCACCUGAGAAGCAGGGAUACUGGCCGUCUAUCUCACAAACCCCAAAGGCUGAAGCUGAAAGUUCAAGGGCAUUUUUGACAACUAAGAGGGCCAUUUUGGUCACUGUUGCUGUGGUGGUGAUAGUCAUAAUUUUAGUGUUGUGUGUUUUAGUGUCGUCAUGCUCUAAAAGAAAGAAGGUGAAGGAAGAUGCUGAAAGGCAUGUUGUUCCUUACAAGGGCCACAUUGAAAAGCCUAAUAGUAAAGCUUCCUUGCAACAAACUAAUGAGGAGAAAGUUCCAAAAAAUUUGGUAGUCAAAUUACAAGAUCAGUUUCGACUAGAUAAUGAAAAAAUGGAGACAAGUCCAAAGCUACAGGACAAACAUGGAAUAGAUCCGACAAGAAUGUCUGCACAGUCAAGGAAUAAUAUGGAUCAUGAGAUAGAUAUGAAUUUUAUGGCACUGCAGCCACCACCACCCCCUCCUCCAUGCCUUCCUGUUGACAAGGUUAUUAUCAAUCCAGUUGUGCCUGCUGAAAUAUAUACAAGGAGUAGUUCAACAAAGAAUCUAAAAUCCUCAAGUUCUUUGAGAGUUUUCACCAUUGCAACACUUCAGCAGUAUACAAAUAGUUUUUCAGAAGAAAAUUUUGUUGGAGAAGGCACGCUUGGCAGUGUUUACAAGGCUGAGCUUCCUGAUAGAAAGCUACUGGCAGUCAAGAAACUAAACAGUAUGGCUACCAGGCAACAGACUGAGAAGGAGUUCCUUGAUUUAGUUUCUACUGUCUCUAAAAUUCGACAUCCAAAUAUUGUGGAACUUUUGGGCUACUGUAACGAGCAUGGGCAACGGCUACUUGUUUAUGAGUUUUGUGAAACAGGGACGCUUAAUGAUGCAUUGCAUAUGGAUGAUGAGAUUCAUAAGAAACUUUCAUGGAAUGCACGCAUCCGCCUGGCAUUAGGAGCUGCUAGAGCCCUACAGUAUCUGCAUGAAGUUUGUGAGCCAUCAAUUGUACACCAGAAUUUCAGAUCUAGCAAUAUUCUCCUUGAUGAAAAGCUUGCAGCAUGUGUCUCGGACUGUGGUCUGGCCCCCCUACAAUCUUCUAGCUCUGCAAAUGAGUUAUCAGGACGCCUCCUCAGUACUUCUGGUUAUGGUGCUCCGGAGUUUGAGUUGGGAAGUUACACUUGCAAGAGUGAUGUAUAUAGCUUUGGAGUUGUGAUGCUAGAACUCCUCACUGGGAGGAAGUCAUAUGAUCGGUCCAGGAGUAGAGGGGAGCAAUCUUUGGUUAGAUGGGCAAUUCCUCGCCUUCACGACAUAGAUUCGCUGUGUGGGAUGGUUGACCCGUCUUUAAAUGGAUCCUACCCUGCCAAAUCUUUAUCACGAUUUGCUGAUAUAAUAGCCAGAUGUGUGCAGUGGGAGCCAGAGUUCAGGCCAGCAAUGUCCGAAAUUGUCCAGGACCUUUUGCGAAUGUUGUAGAGGGAGAAUGUGAAGAACCCAAUCAACUGAGACUCAAGAGCUUGGCCAGGUUUGGUUUAAUUUGCAAGAAAGAACUAAUCCACCAUUGCAAUCGAUCUGUUUUGGAGACCCAUGUUGGAGUUGAAUUAAUUUGGAUCGACUUAGAAGGAUGGCAAUUGGCAUAAUAUUAAAUGCCCAUUGCUAGGAGAUAUGGAGGAGCAGAGUCAUCUUAACCCAAUCUGAAAGUGAUGGUCUUAUCAUAACUGCAUCACUUCUCCCUUAUCUACUGCUGUAAAUGCUGCUGAGUGCUAAAAGUAGAAAACUUGAUGGCAGUAGGAGUAGGUCCUUCUGGGUCUGCCCUGAUUGUAUUUCUUUGAGCAAAAUGACUAGAUGUAGACAUCUCUUCUGUGACAUUGCAACUGAAUUUAACACCCUAUUUUAACAAAACCAAUGCAAAAAUCCUGAAUUAUGGGUUCUGAUGUGCAAUCCCAAUCAACCUUGGAUUCUUGGUUAAAUUGCAUGGCCAUGGCCCUCUUUCUCUUUCCUUCCUAUGUAGGGAUAUGCUACCUAAGUUUACUAUGGACUUGGGUCUCCUUCAUAAGUUACUGUCUUUUGAGAAAUAAUAAGGAAAUGUGUAGUUCAUGUGGUACUUUUUUCUCUCUUCCUUUUGGGACAGUGAUCUUUUUGGUACAUCAUACAUGUUUUUGUGCUGGGACAUUCUUCCCCUUUGCCCCAGAAUCCAGUUGUUCCUCCAACCCCACAUCCCCUAAAAGGGUUUUGCAUCAUGGCUCCUGCGUUGCUUUUAGUUGUUUUCCAAAUUUUCAUUUUUGUUAAUCAAUUCAAUCAACCUUUUUUACCAGCA